GGCUAAGAUGAAGAGGUUGGAGGAGGAGAUGAAGAGGGUUCAACAGGAGGAGGAAAAAAGAAGAAAGGCUGUUGAAGCAGAAGUAGCAGCAGAAGAAGAAAAAAGAGAAUGAGGAUUAAGAGUGGAGAAGGGAGUUGUGGCACGAUGAAGAGGGAUACAAAUGCUGAGAUGGAGAAGAAGAUAAGUGAGUGGGUCGCUAAUUUAUCGUUGGGAGAAGACGAGGAGGCGAAGUCUUAUGUGACUCAGGAUGAGAGGGAUGCGCUAGCCAGUGAGCUAGCAACAAUGAAGGACCCUAUGGAACGGCAAGAAAGGGAGGAGGAGCAAAAGUUGGCGUGGAAAUUGAGGAUGAAGAAGGAAAAGAAGAGGAGGAGAGAGGAAGUCAACAAAUUGACCGCAGCGGUGGCGAAGGUGCAGGAGUGUAGGAAAGAAGUGGAGGCGCAGGCAGACGACAAGGCCAAAUGGGAUAAGGUCUUGGGCUACCUAGAGGUGCCGAGCACAGCAUGGAUCGAGGAGCGCCAAGCUAGUUGGAGCGAGGAGGUAGCUUUGAGUGCCAUGCGAUUGGGAUUUAGAGACUUUGCGCGCGAUAUAGUCACCCACAUUGGGGGCGAAGUCAAGCAACUGAGGGACAACGUGGGGAAGUUUUGCGAAGGCGCCAUUGAAGGUGCCAAAGCAAUAGCCGCUGUAGAGGGCGAGGUCAGACCCCGUAAAGAGCCUGUAAAGCUCAAGUUCCCAGACGCAUACGGGGGGAAGAAGGAGGAGAACUUUGACAAUUGGGAGGCCAGUGCCAAUAGUUACAUAUAUUUACAGCACAUCCUGUCAGAGGAACAAGUCCUCGUGGCCUUCCAGGCCCUUAAGGAUGAGGCGGCUAGUUUUGCCAGAUCCCUUGCGCGCGCAGCCGGUUGUGAAAACAACCUGGUUGCAUAUUCAAGAGUCACCCCCCUUCCUCAAUUCUUUAAGCUUCUGAAGGAGCGAUUUGCAGACCCAACAAGAGGCAUUCACGCCUCUGACAAGCUACAAACGAUCCACGCGCGACAGUGGAGGAGUGCAAGAGCACUCAAAGGUACCAUGGACGACUUGGUAGCCGUCCCAGACCAUGGGGUCACUGAGACCCAGUUGGUCCAAUUAUUUUAUCGUGCCAUGCCAGAGGCCCUACGUGGGCAUUUCUUUGACUAGUCUCAACAGGCCGGCAUCACCUAUGAUGCAUUGAGUAGAGAAGUGGUCCUGUAUGAGUCGAAGUCCAUGCCAGUUACCACCU